AUGUGUUACUAUGGCGGCUACUAUGGGGGCCUGGGCUAUGGCUAUGGUGGCCUAGGCUAUGGCUAUGGCUGUGGCUGCGGCUAUGGCUGUGGCUGUGGCUAUGGUGGCUAUGGUUAUGGCUGCUGCCGCCCACUGUGCUGUAGAGGAUACUGGUCCUGUGGCUUCUACUGA